UCUCAUUGGCUGCGCGACGUCUGUCUGUGGGAGCGGGCCUUUUGGAGGAGACCGGAAGUGGAGCAAUUGCGAGGUAACCAGAAAUGGAAAGGAAAGUAAGCAGAAUUUGUUUUGCUUCUGAACCUGAUAUAAUUCAUUUUCUACAAAUUGCGUGGGAGAGAACAUUAGGAUCUGGUUUUCUGAUUACACUUACUGACGGUCAGUCAGCAUGGACUGGGACAGUUUCCGAAUCAGAGAUUUCUCAAGAAGCUGAUGACAUGGCCAUGGAAAAAGAGAAGUAUGUUGAUGAACUGAGGAAAGCGUUGGCAUCAGGAGGAGGACCAGCUGAUGUGUACAAGUUUGACUUUUCUAAGGAGUCUUGUCAUUUCUCCUUUGAGAAAACCCUGAAAGAUGUUUCAUUUAGACUUGGUUCCUUCAAUCUAGAGAAAAUCGAAAGUCCAGCUGAGGUCAUUAAGAAACUUAUUUGUGAUUGCCUGGACACCAUUGCAGAAAACCAAGCCAAAAAUGAGCACCUGCAGAAGGAAAAUGAAAGGCUUCUGAGAGAUUGGAAUGAUGUUCAAGGACGAUUUGAAAAAUGUGUGAGUGCUAAGGAAGCUUUGGAGACUGAUCUUUAUAAGAGGUUUAUCCUGGUGCUGAAUGAGAAGAAGGCAAAGAUCAGAAGCUUGCAUAAAUUGUUAAAUGAAGUUCAAGAGCCAGAAAGGAACAUCGGGCAUGAAAGGGAAGCCACAACAUGUUCUGAAAUGCCUGCUGACAGAGAUGCUGUCUAUGAUGAAAGUACUGAUGAGGAAAGUGAGAACCUGCCUGAUCCCUGUGUGUUGGCUCCAGCUACUUCUAGGGGAGAUGAUUCCAUUAUUUCAAGUCCCGAUGUCACUGAUAUUGCACCAAGUAGAAAGAGGAGGCAGCGGAUGCAAAAAAAUCUUGGAACAGAACCUAAAAUGGCUUCUCAAGUGAUUCAGCCUCAAGAAAAGGAACCGCUUGAUCCUCCACAACCUGAGAGUUUGAAAAAGGAGCACAACUCAGCUGAAAACAUGUCUUUAGAAACUCUAAGAAACAGUAGUUCAGAAGACCUCUUUGAUGAGAUUUAACUGUCUCAAAAAGGUACUUUGAUGUUCACUAGACUAUGUUUUCUAUUCAUUUUUUUAAACUAAGAAAGCAAGAUUUCAACUCAGUAGAAGCUAUUACUAUACCUUACAAUUUAAUUACAUAUACACUGAAUUGAAACCAUUGUGCGAAAUGGAUUAUGCAUGUAUAUGAAGAUAUGAUUUGAUGACAGUGGUACAUUAUUCUAAACUAUUCAUUUCCAUGUCUAUAAUUAUACAAAAUCUCAGACUUUGUGUUGUGGAGGACACAUUUAUCUUAUUCAGUUCACACAUAUUGUAUGUGGUAGUUGUCUAACAUCCUGUCUAGGAAGACUUUGGAAAUAGGACAAAGAAAAUGUCUACUCUUUUGUUUUUUUUUUUUUUUUUGAAUACUCAUUCAGAACAAUGAUGUUUGAACAUUUUAAUUUGUGAAAUGAUGUAUCAAAUUUAUUUUUAGUUUGUACACUAGCAGCCUCAAAACCUGAUGAUAAAAUUUUUGAUGCUUGAAGACUUUGUGGUUUUAAUAAAACAUGUUAUGUAGCUUA